UCGUCAUAACAAUACUGUUCAAGGAGCAUACACGCGCCAAGGAAUGUUUUCAAUUAAACAUAAACUUAGCAUCUUGCUUGCUAGCUAACGUUAGCAUCUUUAACUUCCAACGGUGUGCGAGUUUCAUCUUCACUACCGCGUGAUUACGUACAGUUUUUUGCGGGUUGCUGAGGACAACGGAUACCCAAUGUAGUUGUUAGCUGGCUAAGUAGAAAAUAGUCAAUGUGAAGCUGGCGCUAGCAAGCUAAUAUCAGCUCUAAGGUUUCGGAAAGUCUGGGAAAUCCCAUCUGAGGAGAAGAGCAGCCCGAUAACAGUCGACAGUUAACUUGCGGAUGCUAACCGUUAACGCUACUUUCUGUCUGAUGUCUUCAGUCGGCUGCAAUCAAGGAUAACUUGAUGGGAAUCGACAUUUCCGAAGCUGAAACACCUGUCAUCCCAUCCUCUCACCGAACAAGCAAACUAGCCAAGAACGGUUAAGACAAUCAGAGGCAAAAUACAGGUGCCUCCACUGUACGGUUUCCUUUCCCAGAGCGUGACUCGUCUGCACGACGUCACCAAUGCGACCAUGGGAAAUAGCAGUAAAUAGGCUGCCACCAACAGCCCCCUUAAACCCCAGGAGGUUCCUUGGAGAGCCCUGCAACACCCCAGUGCAUCUCAGGAGAAGCCCACCAGUGAGACGCCAGUGGGGGAGACGAGACAGACCUGUACUGCACACUUCCCUAGUCCAGGAUGAGAGCUUCCAUCAUCUGCUUUUCUCCCAGCAUCAGCAACAGGUUCCUUUAGAUGAGUCCAGACAAUACAGCCACACCAGCACACCGCCACGCAUGCUUCACCCUGCUGCUCACCUGCCUCAGCAGAGCCCCAUUAUGGUGGAUCUACAUGACCAGAUGCACCAGGGAUCAGUUCCAAUAUCAUACACAGUUACGACGGUGACGACCCAUGGAUUUCCCAUCCACACCGGGCAGCCCCUACCAGGGUGCAACACUCAACAGCUCCCAGCAUGCUCGGUAAUGUUCAGCGGACAGCUCUCUCUGCUCUGCUGCCUUCCUCCUCCUCUCAUCCAGGCAUGCACCAUGCAGCAUAUGCCAGUGUCUUACCAAGCCUUUCCACCCCUGAUCUCCAGUGAGCAUUUUAUAUUGCACCCAAGCCCCUCUGUGCCCCCCCACCAGCCGCCGCACCUUACUCCUCUGAGCCAGUUUGUCCCUUUACAGCCUCAGCACCCACGCAUGCCUCUACAGAGGGUAGAGAAUGAAGUGGACCUUAGAGGGGACCAGCACCCAUUAGGGACCUUCUCUUACCCUCCCUCUCAUCACCCACCAGCGAUGCCUCCUUCUCUGCCCCUACAGUAUCUUCCUCAAGAGCCUCUGCAUCAGGAGCUGCCCUUUGGAGUGCCAUAUCCCCACAUGCUGCCCCGGCGAGUGAGUGGGCAGAGAUACCGGUUACAGCAACCCCUGCCCCCUCCACCACCCCCUCCAUCCUACUACCCAGGCUUCCUCCCUUAUUUCCUGUCAAUGCUUCCUGUGCCUCCAACGGCAGUGGGCCCAGCCAUCAGUCUCGACUUGGAUGUGGACGAUGUGGAGAUGGAGAACUAUGAGGCACUGUUAAAUCUGGCAGAAAGGUUGGGUGAAGCAAAACCACGUGGACUCACCAAGGCAGAUAUAGAGCAACUUCCGUCCUACAGAUUUAACUCAGAAAAUCAUCUAUCCGAACAAACUCUGUGUGUUGUGUGCUUUAGUGACUUUGAGUGUAGGCAGCUACUUCGGGUAUUACCUUGUAACCAUGAAUUCCAUGCCAAGUGUGUGGACAAAUGGUUAAAGACCAAUCGCACUUGUCCUAUCUGCCGAGCCGAUGCAUCGGACGUACACCGGGAGGUGGAGUGAGAACAUUCUCGGAGUGCUUGACUGGAAAGCUGCGCACACCAGAGUCUGUCCCAAAGCUGGGGACACCUGCCACCUAACCUGCGUCCUCCAGUAAAUAUAGCUUACCAAUCCACUACUUCUGCCCCUACCUAAAUAAUAAGCAAUCCAGGAUUGUUUCUGGAGCCUGUCGUACCUCUGCUGUGCUUCAUUGUCCGAGUCUCAUGAAACCCACUGCCUAUUGCAGCUUCUAGCCAGAGUUCUGGGAUCGCCAGCCACUUCUUUCUCUGCCCCCUUGUUGCAGAUUCCAAAGAUUUUCCCUACAAUGCAUUGUUUGCUGCUUUUGUUUACAGGGUUUCAUUUUUAUCUAGCGGUUUUGGUUGUGGUGUUCAUGAAUAGAGGGAGUCCUGCAUUGGGAGAGGAUAGAGGUGAGUCGGGGGCCUAGUGGAUGAUAGGCUGGACACCUUGUGCAAUUAGCAGAAAAUUAAUAGAAAUACUUCAACAUGGGUAUCUGUUUGGAGGCAAAGCCUGACCAUCAUAGAUGCAUGUUUGUGUAGGUGUUGGGCAAAGUGACUUGUUAAUAAUGUAUGUUUUGCAAUAAUGUAUUGAUCAUUUCAAUAGUUUACCCCUUUCCGUUUUAGAUUUGCCAAUGCUAUUGUGAAAGUGUGACUUGCUGUGGUUAAAUACUGAUUCUGUUAAGCCUGAGGUUAUGGACUGCAAAUGACGGGACAUGCACCUGUGGGGUCUCGUCUACCCCUGCUACUCCACUCUGGAACACAGAUCUGGAUGAAAGCAGUCAUGGAUUUAUGGAUGGAAAGAGGAAACAAGUGGAGUUGAGUACGGCGGUGAGGUAGAAAUUUUCUUUGAGGGGGGCACUUGCUUGCUCAACAAAGUAAGUGAAGGGGGCAGAGGACUGCUACUUUUCGAGUUCAUCUGGCAUAACUGCACAAGUGCUACAUCCAUCCUCCACAUCAGCAUUGUCCCUCUGGCAAGUUUGUACGCGCGUGUGCAUAUUGUGUGUGUAUGUGUGUCCUGUUCACAGAGCCGAUGCAUUGUGUAACCACUGGAUACAGGGCAGCAUGCUAGGAUUUGCAUGGACUGUUGAUUCAGACUAGCAAUAUUUUAAUCAAGCAUUGCCACCAAAUUUAUCAAAUUCAAGAAAAAGAAAAGACAAAGAAGCAUAAUAAAAGAACUGCUUGCUUAUUCAGAAAGCGCCAUGAGGGAAGGCUAGCAUGUGGUUCCACCUUGACAGUAGUUAAGGAUGGGAGUCCUCAUCUGAAGGAGACGCUGAUGCCGGAGAGUUCUGGAGGCCUGUGCAGAAAGCAAUAUGUGCAGUGAGUGGCGAGUUUUAAAUGAACAUUUUCUUCCCCUUUUAGGAAGAAUGGGCUUUUUAUUUCUUUGUUUGUGAGCCAAAUAUCCAGUAUACAGAUAUAGCCUACUGUUCAAGAUUUCAGAUCUGCCUUCUUAUGACCUUGACAAGCACAAACCUAUUAACUAAUCUUUAAAAAAAAAAUCCUUUGUCAUUUCCACUUGUUUUAAAAGUAUGCCGUUUUUAAAAGGUGUUUAUUUAUUGGUUUUAUCCUCUAGAGAAAAUACAGUGAAGGAAACAGUUGGAGCACUAACAUUGUUUGUGUAUGGUAUGUGUUAUAUUCUGGCAACUUGGUCAGGUCAUUGUCUUAGGCCAUGGUAAUGGUGUUGUAAAAGAGAAACUGUAUGUAUAGCUUCAGUGUGAAUGCUUUUAGAUAAAAGUUUGAAGACAAAAGAAUGUUGCAAACCCUUGUAGAAGUCACUGGUGACACUCCACCAUAUAUGCCAGCUGUGUGUAUCCCACAGUGAUCAGGAAGGGAUUCAGAUGACCCGGUCAGAGCUGGAGUGUUCAGUAGUGUAGAUACACUGUUAGACUUCUAGUUCCCUGCUUGUGUUCACACUAAAAAUAGGAUAUAUUUGGGGCGGGUUGGGGGGCAUAAAAAGACAAAACAAAUCAACUUUUGCUCUGGAUUCACUCCUGUUGAUAACUGCCCCAGUAAGCACUAAUAGGCAGUUAUAACCCUUGCUUUCAUGUGUAAAGGGAUCUUGCCUUUUUCUUUUUUUCUUUCUUUUUUUUUUUUUAAAGUGAAUGUGAGUCUUUGACGUGUGUGCCACCUUCAAGAAAAAAAAAGCCAUUUAAUGAGUUAAACCCACAGCUUUGAGAAUUAACCUAUGUGUACAUAUCUAUUCGCUGGCAUAUAUUGUAAGUUAAAAAAAAAAAUCACUCAGGGCCUCUCGGUAUAUAAAAAUAAAGGAAAACAGUCCAUUUCAAAUGGAAAGGACGCCAUGAAAGGGGUAUAUUUGAAUUUAGUUGGUUGUUUUCCUCAGACCAUGAAUAAUUUAAUGUAAUCAAUUCUAAUAUUCUGUUUUGUCAGUAGUAGAUAUUACAUCAUUUAAAGACAGGCAUGCAAGAAAAAAAGAUCAGUAAAGAUGUUAUGAAUAUUCACAGAAAAGAGGCAAUGUGUACACUGCAACUCAUUACAAGUGUAUUAUUCAAACCUGUUUAACUUUUGUUCUUGUACUCGAACCACAUGUUCAAACAUAGCGGUUGUGAUCCCAUUUCUAAAUGUGCCGUGGUGCACACUAUCCUACCUAAGUCACUUCCAAAACUACUUCAAAGGUGUUUGCAUGACUUAAAAAAAUAAAAACAAGUAAAACAAGCGUGUUAUAAGUGGAGGAUAUCUAGAAACCUGGUGGGGACCUAUUUAAUGGUGCACAAUAUGCAUGCUUGUCGACCAGAUCCCAACUGAUUUUUAGCUCUAGUUGGCUUUGGGUUAUGGGGGUUUGGAUCUUAAUGCUCAGCUGAUAACUGCCAUGCAUUGUACUGCACACAUUUGUAAUAGAACUGAAUGACUACAAGAUUUUAUUGCGCUAACUUCAUUUUAUAGGAGAAAAAAAAAACACUGAAAAAAAAAAAAAAUACUGGUCUUGAACCCAGGAUUUGAAAAUUCUUGAAUACAUUGUGUUAUUGUUAUUGCCCUAAUGACUGAAAAUUACAUGCUCUGAAACUACUGUAGUUUAUCAAAAGCCAUAGUGAAAAGGUGCUAGAUGUUCUGCUUUAGGUAUGAUAACUUUCACUUGCGUGAAUGCAAUAGUCUGUCAUGGAUCCCAUGUAUUAUUAAAGCAUGUUAUACUAAUACCCCUAAACAAUGUCAGUGAAAAUCAAUAUAGUUUAAGGAAUAAAAAAAAAUAAUAAAUAAAAUGUUGUCAUACUUAUUUCAGUGUAGUACUGUAUCUGCCUAUCGGGCUCUUGCUCUCAGUGUAUCAGUAUCUUAAAAUGUAUUGUUCACAUCUAGAUACCUUAAUUCACUUAAAUUUUUAGCACUAUUAUUUUGGGAGUAAGUAUUUGAUUGACAGUAUCCAGCUACCCUGUUAAAUACAAUGAAAAGAGAACCUCCCAUUAAGUCCUAAGUACUCACAAAUUAAAAAAAAAAAAAAAAAAAAGACAACUGAGAAUAGAGUCUUGUAGUCUUUCUGUUAAAAGAUUUAUCGAAUAAUCUCA